UUUGUAAAGAAAUCAUUUGGAAUUAUUUCACCUGUGAAAUAAAUAGAUUUAAAGAAAUCGACAUAUAAAAAGCGGCGUUGAAUGCACCACCAUCAACAGUCUCACAGCAGCUUUUCAUCUUGGAAGACAUUUACAGUCGGAAUCAUCAUGUUCAAAUUCAUUGCUUUCAUCGCAUCUGUUGCAACAGUACUUGCACUUCCCCUUCAUGAUGCUCAGUACAACAAUCCCGAAGCUGGGGCUGUAAUUAAGAGCUAUGGAAGCGAGUCACAGCCUGAUGGAUCCUACCGUUACGCCUAUGAAACUUCCAACGGAAUUGCUGCUCAAGAACAAGGCGUCGGAGGUCAUCAAGCUGCUGGAGCCUUCUCAUACAUCUCCCCAGAAGGAAUCCCAAUUUCUGUUUCCUACACAGCUGAUGAACACGGUUUCCAUCCAGAAGGUGCUCAUUUACCCGUUCCACCACCAAUCCCAGAAGAAAUCUUGAAAUCCUUGCAGUGGAAUGCGGCUCACCCAGAAGAAGAAGACCCACACUAUGAAGAGGCUUCCCGACAUCUUUAAAUUUAGCAAUAGCAAAUGUGUGUAAAGUAAUGCAAGUAUUUUCUAAUUAUAAAUCUGUUAAAUAGAGCUAGAAAACCAAUAAAAGCAAGCAAAUAUUACAAUUAACUAA